AUGUGUAUGGCAUUUUGUGAAGAAUAUACCAAUCGCCGGAAUUCCGGCGAUUGCUUUUUAUACAAAAUUCGUGCAGGAAUUCCGGAUGAAAUCAAACAGGUUAGAGGAACGUAUGUAGACCCAAGACUUCUAAACUAUAUAGCAAUGUGGGCUUCUCCAAAAUAUUGUAUAGCAGUUGGAAAAAUUCUGGACUCCAUAGACAAGAAAGUUCAUGAGAAAUUAGAUGAAGAAGAACUUGAAGAUACAGUAGAGAAUGCAAAACCUUUGUUCGAAGAAGAAGUUAGAAAAAAUGUGCUUAAACAAAUAGAACAUGAACGUGAGAUAUGUUAUGGUUAUAGAGACUCUCCAUACGAACUAGACCAAUGGGAACAAGAAGAUUUAAAGAGAGAAUUUAGAGAAUAUGAACUCGCUAAGAUAGCAUUAGAAGCUGCAGAAAAGAAGUUAAAAGUUUGGGGUCGUUUUGUACAAAAAUAUUGUGAGUAA